UUUCAACGUUAUAUACUUUUAUAUUCUACUGGUGGUGUUAUAUGGCUUCAAGACAUGGAACACAACAGUCUCCGAAGAACUGGAAGUGAAUAUCACACAAAGGGCAAUGGAGAGGUGCAUGGGCAAAACUUAGUCAACAUGGAGGCAUCAGAGGUCGACAGUCCCCCAAAUCUGAAUUGUAAGAUCAUGACUUUCAGACCUUCUAUGGAUGAAUUUAGAGAGUUCAACAAAUAUUUAGCAUAUAUGGAGUCUAAAGGAGCACACAGAGCAGGACUUGCUAAGGUGAUCCCUCCAAAAGAAUGGAAGCCAAGACAACGCUAUGAUGACAUAGAUAACUUGGUCAUUCCAGCUCCAAUUCAGCAGAUGGUCACUGGACAAUCCGGGCUAUUUACCCAGUAUAAUAUUCAGAAAAAACCGAUGACUGUGAAAGAAUUCAGGCAAUUGGCUAACAGUGAUAAGUAUUGCACUCCAAGAUAUUUAGACUAUGAAGACUUGGAACGCAAGUACUGGAAGAAUUUGACCUUUGUGGCACCAAUCUAUGGAGCAGAUAUCAAUGGAAGCAUAUAUGAUGAAGGUGUGGAUGAAUGGAACAUAGCUCACCUGAAUACCAUAUUGGAUGUUGUUGGAGAAGAGUGUGGUAUUUCUAUUGAGGGUGUAAAUACGCCAUAUCUCUAUUUUGGCAUGUGGAAAACUACAUUUGCAUGGCACACUGAAGAUAUGGACCUAUACAGCAUUAAUUAUCUUCACUUUGGAGAGCCUAAAUCUUGGUAUGCUAUACCUCCAGAACAUGGAAAGCGACUUGAACGGCUGGCUCAAGGAUUCUUCCCAAGCAGCUCUCAAGGGUGUGAUGCAUUUCUUCGCCAUAAGAUGACACUAAUAUCUCCUUCAGUAUUGAAGAAAUAUGGCAUUCCAUUUGACAAGGUCACUCAAGAGGCUGGAGAAUUUAUGAUCACUUUCCCAUAUGGAUACCAUGCUGGUUUCAAUCAUGGAUUCAACUGUGCAGAAUCUACAAAUUUUGCUACAGUCAGAUGGAUUGAUUAUGGAAAAAUGGCUAAAUUGUGUACCUGUAGAAAAGACAUGGUGAAAAUUUCAAUGGAUAUUUUUGUGAAGAAAUUUCAGCCAGACAGAUAUCAUCUUUGGAAACAAGGCAAAGAUAUAUACACUAUUGAUCACACACUCCCCACUCCAGAAAUGACACCAGAAGUCAAAUUGUGGCUGCAGAGGAAGAAAAUUAAAAAGCCAUCAAGAAGCCUCCAGCAUACCAGAUCUCGAUCUAAAAAACUUAAAACUCCAGAGGAUGAGAGAACAUCAGCCAUGGCAGUCGGUACAGAAAUUGUAGCCACUGAAGCAACAACAGAUGGCUUGAAGGUCAAUGAAAAGUCAGCAGAAAACAAGGAGUUGGUAAAUACAGCAAUGCGUUCUGGGGAAGAAAGCAUGAUUAAAAGGAUGCAAGUGGAUCAGAAUUUAUUGGAUAAUAUUAAAGUCUCAGAAAGCAGUGGCUUAAGCACAUCUUUCUACCCUGAUUCUGUAAAGCAGGAAAUAAAACCUGAGUAUGACAAAGUGGAUUCCACUAUUGCUGCUUCUGAUCCCAUGGAAUCUUCUGCCUCUAUGCCUCUCUCUUUGGGAUGUAUAAAAGAAGACAAUUUGAAAUCUGAGAGAGAAUGUGAGCAGACUGGUUCCCGACCAAAGUCAUGUGAGUCUGUCUCUUCUGAAGCUGAGAGCCUGGAAAAAGAAGAAAGUAGUAGCAUCUCCACCGAGGAAGAUGACAGUGAUCUAGAAAGCAGUGAAAGUGGCUUAGAACCGGGAGAAAUCCCAGCUGUAACCAAAGGAGAAAGAAAUGGCUUGAAAAUUCCAAGUUUUUGUAGUCAGAGAAGAGAAGGGGAAACAAAAACUUCCAAGAGUUGGCGCCACCCACUGAGUAAACCACCAGCCAGAUCACCAAUGACUCUGGUAAAGCAGCAGGCAGCCAGUGAUGAAGAACUUCCUGAGGUUCCAUCGGUUGAGGAAGAAGUACAAGAAACUGAAUCCUGGGCCAAGCCUCUUGUCUACCUUUGGCAGACCAAAGCACCAAACUUUGUGGCAGAGCAAGAAUACAAUGCAGCUGUUGCCAAAAUGGAACCAUACUGUGCUAUUUGCACUCUCCUAAUGCCCUACUAUAAGCCAGACAACAGUAAUGAAGAAAAUUAUUGUAGAUGGGAUACUAAAUCCAGUGAAGUGACUUCUGCGGUGGAAAAGACUAAGCCACUCAUUCCAGAGAUGUGUUUCAUUUAUAGUGAGGAAAACACAGAACAUUCUCCAUCCAAUGCAUUCAUCGAAGAGGAUGGAACAAGUCUUCUGAUUUCCUGUGCAAAGUGUUGUGUACAGGUUCAUGCAAGUUGCUAUGGUGUUCCUUCUCAGGACAUCCGCGAUGGAUGGCUAUGCUCUCGCUGCAAAAAAAGUGCAUGGACAGCAGAAUGUUGUCUUUGUAAUUUGAGAGGUGGUGCACUCAAGCAAACCAAGAACAAGAAGUGGGCCCAUGUAAUGUGUGCAGUUGCAAUCCCAGAAGUUCGAUUUGUUAAUGUCACAGAAAGGACACCAAUAGACAUUAGCAGAAUACCUUUACAGAGGUUAAAAUUGAAAUGCAUCUUCUGCAGACAGAGAGUUAAAAAAGUUUCUGGGGCCUGCAUCCAGUGCUCUUACGGACGCUGCCCAGCUUCCUUUCAUGUGACCUGUGCCCAUGCCACCGGGGUCUUGAUGGAACCUGAUGACUGGCCUUAUGUAGUUAAUAUCACAUGCUUUCGACACAAGAUCAACCAAAAUGUGAGAUCCAAAGCUUGUGAAAAGGCAAUCACUGUUGGUCAGACUGUCAUCUCAAAGCAUCGGAACACACGAUAUUAUAGCUGCAGAGUAAUAGAAGUGACAUCCCAAACCUUCUAUGAAGUUGUAUUUGAUGAUGGCUCCUUCAGUAGAGAUACUUUCCCUGAAGACAUUGUGACCAGAGAUUGCUUGAAGCUGGGCCCGCCUGCUGAGGGAGAAGUUGUUCAAGUCAAGUGGCCUGAUGGAAAACUCUAUGGUGCCAAAUAUCUGGGCACCAAUGUGGCUCACAUGUAUCAGGUUGAAUUUGAAGAUGGAUCCCAGAUUGCAAUGAAGAGAGAGGACAUUUACACUUUAGAUGAAGAGUUGCCUAAACGAGUGAAAGCUCGAUUUUCCACAGCUUCAGACAUGCGGUUUGAAGAUACAUUUUAUGGAGCCGACAUAAUUCAAGGAGAAAAGAAGAGGCAGCGGAUGUUAAGCUCCAGGUUUAAAAACGAGUACGUGGAUGACCCUGUGUACCGCACUUUCUUAAAGAGUUCAUUUCAGAAGAAGUGCCAGAAGGGUCUAUAGAGUUACUAGGCCACCUAGAGAAUCAUAUCAGUGUACACCAAGGAAGGAAAGACGUGACAGUGGAUGACCAGCCGUCAUUGUAACAAUACGCUUCAGUGAGAUGAGGGUCAGGAUGUGUCUUUUGAGGAUAAUGAGUCAGACUUCUAGUUUUGGGCCACAAAGAAAGUUUUAAUACACACUCUGGAUUUGGCACAUCAAUUUAAGAUCAUUCCCAAUCUCCCUCUCACCCACAAGCAGUCAUUUUGUAUAAUUUCGGAUCCAUUUUCCCUAGUGAGAGGGAACAGUAGUCAAUACAGACAUCAUCUAAAAAGAAACUCCAAGUACAGAAGAACUCUGGACAAAACCUGACUUAGAGUUUUCAGGCAGGAAAGUUUGACUGGACUCUCUCUCUGUCUCCUUCUCCCUCCCCUAACCCCACCAUUUCCACUCCUCUGAGGGCCAGAAGUCUUUAUAUGAAAAGAUAGGAAGAGAGAGAUUUGAAUAUUUUCCACAGGCAGGGAAGGACUUUAACUUGUUUGUUUUAAAUGAAAGUUUUUAUAAAACAUUUUUAAAACAAAAGGCAGCACGUCUGGUGCUGAGACAUUAUGCACCUGUGCUGUACUUGUACAAAGCUGUUACAUUUUUUAUAUCACUCUUGCUCUUGAUUGUGUCUGUUGGGGACUGCGUUGUUGGCCUUUGUGAAUGUUUUUUGGCUUUUAAGGAAAAAUUCUUAUGAAUUAUCUGGGCUUUUGUUUUGUUUUGUUUUGGGGUUUUUGUAUAUUUAAAGAGGGAAAUUUGGGGCAGUUAUUUUUAAACACUUUUUUUUUUUCGUAAUGCUUAUUCCAAAUAGAUAUUUGUAAAGUACAAGUUUCUUUCAUUAUGUGUUUGUAAAAUUAGAGUUUAAAUAUAUAUAUGUAUAUGUAUAUACAUAUAUAUGUACAUAUAUAUAUGUGUAUAUAUAUGCUUACAUGGCUAGUUUUGAACUAAUAUAAUGAUUUUCCUUUUUAAGCAGCCUGCAAAUGUACUAGUGUUUAAAAAUAAACAAUUCCAUUUUGCUCCA